UUGAUUCAGCCAAAAACAUGGUGGCAGCUCAGUGAAUAGGGUGAACUUUUUGACUAGUCAUUAGAAUUCAAGAGGCUUAUUUAGCAGGAGUGUUUGAUACAAUUGAUAAACACCGACCAAUAAGCUUCACAAAAAAUUCGAAAGAUGACGUCUGAAGAUACCAAGAACGUACAAGACCUGAAAGGAUGUUAUGAAAAUCUGAUCGUUGUUGAUGUGGGCGCAAACUUGACCAAUAAGAAAUACGGCCGUGAUCUGGACUCGGUGGUGCAAAGGGCAAAAGAUGCAGGUGUCCAAAAAAUUAUGGUCACGGGAACAUCAGUAAAAAACAGUAAAGAAGCGUUAAGACUGACACGCCUCUAUCCCGGAACUAUCUACUCCACAGCCGGUGUCCACCCUCACGAUGCAAAGUCAAUGGUGGAAGAAGACAUGUGGGCCGAACUACAUGCAACAGCGCAGGCGCCUGAGUGUGUGGCCAUCGGUGAAUGUGGGCUCAACUAUAGCAAGGAUUUCUCGGAACCCGGUGUGCAGAGAGAUGUGUUUAAACGGCAGGUUGAAAUUGCGUGCGACCUAAGAAAACCCCUAUUCGUACACGAAAAAGAAGCCCAAGAAGACCUGCUAAAAAUCCUCGACGAUUUCGGCAAUCGCCUCCCCCCUGUGGUCAUUCACUCCUUCUCUGGCUCUGUUGAACAAGGCAUCAAAUACAUCGAGAAAGGGUUCUAUUUAGGGAUCACAGGGUAUAUCUGUAAAGAUAAGUCAGAUGGGGGCAUAAGGAGGCUGCUGUCUGAGAAUAUAUUGCCGUUGGAUAAGUUGCUGGUGGAGACGGAUUCGCCGUUCAUGUAUCCGAAUAUGAGGGCUUCGAAACUGCCGUUGCAUGUGAAGGACUCGUUAACUGACAGGUCGAUGGCAUUCGUUAAUCGCUACUGCACGUUUCAACGCAACGAGCCGUGCGCGCUGCCCGCCAUCGUCGAGCUAGUCGCCGGGUUCCUAGGCCAGAGCCCCGAGGACGUCGCGCUCGCUACUGCCUUCAACGCGUUGAAGAUCUUCGGUCUCAGCCAGUAGGCUACUGUACAUUUCGCGUUCAAACGCGGCCCUGAGUAAGUGACCGGAUUCCUAAACCCUGAGAAUGUGGCUCUUGCUCGUAACGCAUUGAAGCUUCGGUCACCAUAGCCAGUAGGGCGAAAUUCUCAUGUCAACUUGGUAAACUAAAUGUUGGGUCUCUAAAUAUUUAUUUGGUCCUGAGUUAUAGGAAAAUACUCUUUCCUUUAUUUUGCAUUCUUUACUCAAAAUUGCGUACAGUUAGUCGGAAGUCAGACUUACAACGAAACCUGAUGAUACAUACUGGGGCGAAGCCAUUUCAGUGUAGCCACUGUGAUAACAAAUUUAGUCGGUAGUCACACUUAUAACAACACCUGAUGGUACAUACUGGGGCGAAGCCAUUUCAGUGUAGCCACUGUGAUAACAAAUUUAGUCGGUAGUCACACUUAUAACAACACCUGA